GUCACGCGGUAGUAUUGUGACUUGCUGUUUACCUUCAGAGCCGACAGCUAACCAUACCGUCAGACUUUUAGGAAUUUUAAACUAAUAUUUUAACAACAUGUAUCCCGAGGACAUUGGUAAACACGUCGCGGGCUGAACACAACUAAAUGUAGAGCAGUGCUAAGUGUUCAAGAACGGUUUGGAUUUUGGUCAGCUGACCACCUCUUGAGAAACAGCAUAUCAGGCCAUGGCUGGCAGGGAUGUAAACGAGAGCACUCCUCUUUUGGACAACUCUGUGGCUUCAACCAGAUCCGAGUCAGUGUUCAAUGGCAGGAGACUGGCAUGUGCUGCCAUACUGCUGGCAGAGUCUUUAGAGAGGAUGGCCUUCUAUGGCAUCACCUCGAACCUGGUGCUCUUCCUCAACAGCAGCCCCUUCUAUUGGGAGGGCACUUCGGCCAGCCAGGCCCCCUUGAUCUUCAUGGGAGUCACUUAUUUGAUAUCGCCUUUUGGUGGCUGGCUGGCGGAUGCGUUCCUUGGCAAGUUUGCAACCAUAGCCUUGAGUUUAGUUCUGUACCUGUUCGGGAUGCUGCUUUUUCCCUUUGUGUCCAACGACAACACCAGGACCUCUCUAUGUGGAGAAGAGAUGGCGUUCCCAGUGCAGCCGGCAGAGUGUUUUCCUGAAAAUGGAACUGUGCCCGCCAAUGUGACCUGCAUGAAUCGGCCGCCCUACUGUGGGCCUGCGAUAUUCAGCGGUCUGGUGCUGGUGGCCGUUGGCGUGGGAGCUGUGAAAUCAAACAUCACUCCAUUCGGGGCAGAUCAGGUGAAGGAUCGAGGUCCAGAGGCAACGCGGCGGUUCUUUAACUGGUUCUACUGGUGCAUUAAUCUUGGUGCGAUCUUCUCGCUGGGUGGAGUAGCCUAUAUUCAGCAGAAUGUUAGCUUCUUUAUUGGCUACAUCAUCCCAGCCGUCUGCCUCGGGGUGUCCCUCAUCAUCUUUGUUCUGGGCAAAAUGGUAUUUAUAACCAAACCUGCAGACGGCAGUGCCUUCAGCGACUUGUUCCGGAUCCUGACCUCGGCCCUCUGUGGACGCGGGCCAAAAGAACCAAGUCUGCUCAGGCCAAAGCCAUCUCUACUGGAUGGCGCAAAGGUGACGUACGGUGGGCGAUUUUCAGAGGAGAAGGUGGAGGAAGUGAAAGCGCUGGUUAAAAUACUUCCUGUUUUCUUGGCACUCAUUCCGUACUGGACUGUCUAUUUCCAGAUGCAAACCACAUAUUAUCUCCAGAGUCUCCAUCUGACAAUUCCUGGAGCCGAUCCCAACUCCACAGACUCCCACCCGAAUACCUUCCGCUUCCCAGCAGCUUGGCUGACCAUGUUUGACGCCGUGUUGAUUCUCAUGUUGAUCCCCCUCAAGGAUAAAGUGAAUCGCUGUGGGCAUGUUCUUUGUCAUGUGCUCGGCGGUGGCAGCUGGCAUUUUAGAGACAAAGAGGCUGGACAUUGUCCACACACGAGGUCCCAUCCCACAGUCUCUCGGUGGAGUUACCUACUAUGCAGCCGAUCUACCCAUAUGGUGGCAAGUGCCUCAGUACAUCCUCAUUGGUGUCAGCGAAAUCUUUGCUAGUAUUGCAGGUCUGGAGUUCGCCUACUCUGCAGCCCCACGCUCCAUGCAGAGCGCUAUAAUGGGCCUGUUCUUCUUCUUCUC